UUAAUGCCUUCAAAACUACUACUGUCAGUCGGAGCCAUUACUGCCGGAAAAGGUCCCGCAUAGCUCAGCAGCCAAGAUGUGUGACUUCACCGAAGACCAGACCGCAGAAUUCAAGGAGGCUUUUCAGCUGUUUGACCGAACAGGCGAUGGCAAGAUCCUGUACAGCCAGUGUAGGGAUGUGAUGCGGGCCCUGGGCCAGAACCCUACCAACGCCGAGGUGCUCAAAGUCCUGGGGAACCCCAAGAGUCAUGAGAUGAAUGUGAAGGUGCUGGACUUUGAGCACUUCCUGCCCAUGCUGCAGACUAUGACCAAGAACAAGAACCAAGGAACUUACGAGGAUUAUUUUGAAGACCUUCGUGUGUUUGACAAAGAAGGGAAUGGCACUGUCAUGGAUGCUGAAAUCCAUCAUGUUCUAGUCACACUGUGUGAGAAGAUGACAGAGGAAGAAGUAGAGAUGCUAGUGGCGGGGCAUGUGGACAGCAACGGUUGCAUCAACCUUGAAGAGCUUGUCCGGUUGGUGCUGAAUGGCUGAGGACAUUUACAUGUCUCGAGCCUACUCCUUGCCCAGUGUGAGAUUUCAGUGUGGCCCCAGAGGCUCCCUAAUCACAGCACCUUUCCUGUCUGGUUUCUUUUGGAUGAUGUUUGCCUUCACCAAAUAAAACUUGCUCUCUGUGCAAAAAAAAAAAAAAAAAAAAAAAAACAAAACAAAACAAAACAAAACAAAAAAAC